CUGGAUUUGUUUGGUUACUGUUUGGGAAUUAUUCGCUCGUGUUUUCGAAUUUUUUUUGAAAUAAAAUUUAUUGGUUAACUACUGCUACUUUUGCGAGAGAAAGAUUGUGUUGUGCUUCAUGUCAAAUUGAAAUUUAGAAAGUCAUGGGACGCAUCCGAGGCCUUGAGCUUCAAUUCAACUUAAUUAAGGACCAACUGAAGUGCAGAGAAGACUGCAUUGUCGUUGCCUUGCACUGCAUCCUCAUCAAUGAAGGUCUUCAGUGCGUCGGGACCGGUGACAUCUGGCCUAACCAACUGAAGGGCAGCGAGCUGUUGCCCUCAGAUUGGAAUGCAAAUGCAGAAGUUUACUCUUUGCGAUACACAGAUGCAGCUCAAGAAAACAGAUAUUUAUUGAAAGUCGUCAAAGCUGGACAUUCGAUGCAUGUCAACGUUGCUCUCAACGAAACAAAAUCAGCCACCAUGUCUGUUAAGGUCGCCCAAGUAGUCAGUGAUAAUUUUAGCGACUAUUCCGAAACUUAUUUCGAGCUCGACCCUCUUGUGAAGAACUUCAAGGACAGCAUCAUGUCGCAGUUGAAUCCUAAAGACAAUAGUCCAAAACGCAAAAUCCAAACAGAUGGACCUGUAGAUCCUUCUCCUCCACCUUCCAUGCCUAAUCCGGAUUUGAGGUCCAGAAGUUCGCCAGGCUCUUUUGGACCACUUAGUGUUGGGCCACCUAGAAUUGGUGGUCAAGACUUGGAUCCUUUUGGAAGGGCAGAAGGAGGUAUGCUGUUCGAUCCCAGCAACUUUGGAAUUCCUGCGCGUCCCUCUCUUUCCGAUUUUGGUCGUGGGGGUUUGCCAAGGGGGGCCGUGCCUCCUGGCAGUAGAUUUGAUCCUAUCGGACCCCCGAUGCCCGGAGGACCUCGCUUUAAUCCCAAUCCUGAUCACUACCGGCCCCCCGAUUACGAUGAUUAUUUCAUGUAACAAGUCGACGUUAAAGGAAUGAUAUUAUGUUUGCUAUUUUUCGAACUGCUGUUGAUUUGUGUAAAUUUUAUUUGUUGAAACCUAAUUGUAUGUUCAGCAUCAUAAUAAAUAUUUAAAAAAGGCCGAACC